AUAGAGAGGUGCGUGAUGAGGCCGAGGUUGAUGGAGAUGUCGGAGAGUGCGUUUUGUUGCGUGUCUAGGGGGUUGGUAGGGUCUGGAUGGGCGGCGGUGAGGGGGUUUAGGCCGAGGAUGGAGGAUUACGUGUGUGUGUUGGACGACUUGAAUGAGAUAGGGACUAGGGGACACGUAAACAGGUCGUUUUACGCGGUGUACGAUGGACAUGCGGGUUCGCUCGCGGCGGAGAUGGCGUCGGAGAUGGUGGCGAGAGCGGUGGUGGAGGAGUUGGGGUUUGGAGAGGUGGAGACGGUGUUUCGUCGAGUUUUGCUUAAGUGCGAUAAGAUGAUUAUAGAGAGGUGUGAUCAGCGCAAUAGUUGUUCGGGGACGACGGCAUUGAUAUGCAUGAUUGAGGGUGAGAGGUUGUAUGUGGUUAAUUUAGGUGAUUCGGAGGUUGUGCUCGCGUAUGUGCCCAACAGGUAUUGGGAUGGCGACAAGUCGAGUCGUUUGGUGGCCAGGGUUCUGUCGGAGAAGCACACGCCUACGCAGCGUCGAGAGACGAAGAGGUUUUCUCAAUUUGGUGGAAUCAUUUUGAACGGGCGCAUUUUUGGCAAACUUGCUGUUUCAAGAGCGCUUGGAGAUUCCGAGUACAAAAUUCCGAAGAUCAACGUGAACUACGUGAGCAACGAGCCCUUUAUUAGGAGUCUGCAGCUGGACCCCUCUCACAGGUUUCUGAUCCUCGCGUCCGACGGGUUGUGGUCGAAGGUUUCGCCGCAGCAGGCGGUUGACUUCGUGCAAGAGAGGCUGCUCGCGGAAAUGCCGCUUAGCGAGAUCAGUCGAGAGAUCGCCCAACACGCCAUCGAGCGCGGGUCUCAGGACAACGUCUCGGUGAUCGUCGUCAGCCUCAAUUGGAGGCACUUCGAGUGAGGCGGGCCUACUUCGCCGCGUCUUUGGGCGUCGCUCGGCGCGGCUCUUUCCAGCGGUCUCUUGGUUGCUAGGGGGGGGGGGGGAAGAGGAGAUACACAGAAAUAGAGGUGUCCAAAAUUU